AAUUCAGGCAUCAUCAACACUGUAUUGAUUUUGUGUAAAAAAAAAAAAAAUGCAUAGAUUCUGCUCUGGAUACGCCUGCCAUCCACACUACAGCAGGGCAGGAAGACACUAAAAUUAAACUCUACAGCCGCAAUGGCAGCGUGUACAGAUUUAUAAACACGCCGCUUCUUAUCUCCUUCAGACGAGGUGACGAUGGAGGAAGUGGGCCAGAGCACACAGCUGAGGGCGGGGGAGCUCAUCAUCAUCGUGGCGGUGCUGAUCAUGUGGGCAGGUGUAAUCGCUCUCUUCUGUCGCCAGUACGACAUAAUAAAAGACAACGAGCCCAACAACAACAAGGACAAAGCCAAAAACUCCUCAGAGUGCAGCACUCCUGAACACCCAACAGGGGGGCUGUUGCGUAGUAAGUUCUCCAACAACAACAACAACAACAAGAUACCAUCUGUGAACAUCAUUGAGGUGUGACUGCCAGGACAUCUUCUCUUUAUCCUACACGACAUGUUCUCACAAACAAGCGGGCACUUUUUUUAAGCCUGUGAGCUUGUUGGGAUGAGGCUGAGAAUCUGGUUCCCUCCGUGGCGCCUGCUCUCCUUUGGCACAGAGGCCUGGUGCUGAAACC